AAGUAAUCCAAGAUAUACAAACGUCUUGCGUGUAAAAUAUGAAUGUAUUUUUUCAACACAUAUCUACUCAGUGUCUUUUGACUGCUUAUUUUUAGGUUUUAUUGACGCAAUGUAACCCAAUUGAAAUGCACUAUACAGUUAUAACAAAAGCAAAGUGUAUUUGUAACUUUUAUUAGAAGGAAACACGUCUGUAUGUAGAAACACUUUGCGACGAUGAAUAUUUGAACAACAAAGCGAAGCGAAGAACGAGGUACAACGAGUUAUACUCGGCGUAACGGAUUACCAAAAUGUAUUUCCAAAAACUGCUUCUAGUAUUAUUAGGAAUAUGGAUAGUAAUAGCUAAUGUCGACGGACAAGGAGAACAAGACAUUUUAGUUACUUAUAGGGAGCCAAGACGGAAUGAAGCAACCUACAUGAUUGUUGCGCCCAGACGGUUCCGACCGAACCAGGUCUACAGGUUGCACGUUGUGCUGUUGAAGCUUGAACACUUUGACAUUCAUUUCCACGCUGUUAUCCGCAACGUUGACCAACGCAUGGAGGUCGGUAGUGUCAGCGAACACUUUGAUAGACUAGGAGGUCGAGAUUUAGAAAUAAAGGUGCCUGAAUUUCUAGUCCCCGGGAAUUAUUCUCUGUAUGUUGAGGGCAAGCACAAAGAUGGCGUGGGGGGAACUAUAUUUCACAACGAAACAUCUUUAAUAUUCGACACAAAGCAGAUAUCUGUGUUCAUUGAAACUGAUAAGAUGAUUUACAAUUUUGGGAAUACAGCAACAUUCCGAGUGAUCCCAGUCAUGCCAAAUCUCAUGCCUGCACACGGAACAGUGGACAUUUUCAUCAGAGAAAACAGUGACGUCAUCGUAAGAAGAUGGCUCGCUCAAGCUAUUAACAAUGGAAUUAUUGAAAAGACAUUCAACAUAGCAGGACGUCUAGCCACAAGAGCUGUAUGGACUAUUGAGAUACAUGCAUUUGGACAUGUCUACACAAAAAAUAUAUACGCAGUUGAAGCCUGGCCAGAAAGAGUAGUGGUGAAUGUUACUAUGCCUCAAACAAUCAAAACAUCAGACUAUGGCCUUGCCGGAGUAGUUACAGGAUUCUACUACCCAAGCUGGAUUUCUUUGAAAGGAAACGGGACGAUUGAUUUCAAAGUAGAGGGCUUUGACAAUUCAGGCUUCAGCAUUCCCAUACCUUAUUUCGAAUACCAAUAUCAUUUUAUGAUCACGAUGGAUGAGCUUAGCAGAAAAACAGGUGUGGUAGAUCUUUCUGGAAAGGCACUAAGGGCUAAAGCCUGGCUAUAUGAUUACCAUUACUACGAGACUAGAUGGGGUGAGGCCACUACAAUCAUGUAUAACCAUGGCUUGGAGAUGUUCUUCGUAGAAGAUACGGUCAGGACGUUCAAGCCAAAGAUGCCAUUUGACGUUCAUAUUGCUAUAAGGCAAAUAGAUGGUACUCGUCCAGAACAGUCAAUAGUUGGAUAUGUUGAAAUACAAAUGAACUAUCAAACAGAAGGAGGCGCUUCAAGGAAACAGACUGAACGUCUUCCCUUUCCAGAUGAUAACAUUGUCACACUUACUGUCAUUCCUAGAGCAAAUGAUCAGCUUAUUAAUUUCAUUGUAACAUAUAGGGGGAAUGAUAUGGUACUGCCACAGAUCAGGAUGACUUCUUACAGGGUUUUCUCCAUGCACAAUUUCUAUAUCCAGGUUCAGUCAUCUACAUCUAAACCAAGGGUGAAUUCAUACAUGAUCUUCACAGUGAAAACAAACACUUUUGUAGAUACUAUAUUCUACCAUAUUGUAUGCAUGGGAAACAUCGUACUUUCAAACCAGCUUCAUAUGUCUUCAUUACAAAAGACAUUCUCAGUUGCCAUUUCUCGAGAUAUGAUGCCAAGUGCGAGAUUGGUUGCCUACUUUGUUAAACGUGGCGAGGUUAUCGCGGACGCUCUAAGCUUUUACGUUGAUCCGACAGCCCUUCAUGAGGUUGACCUUGAAAUAAAUUGGGGUAAAGACUUUGGUCCCUCGUUCGUGGAAGUUAUAGGGGAAGCUGACCCCGGAACUCUCAUAGCCUUCAAUUCAUUGAACUACUACCUGUACCAUCUCGGGAUGAGAAACUUCAUUACGGAACAAGAUAUCGUUGAUGAACUUUUGACGUAUGACAGCCAUACCAACAUUAGUGCUAGUGUUAGUUUUCGUGGCGAGAAUUGGGAGAAGGAUAUCGUAUAUUUUCCAACACAAACGUAUGGUGCUGAUGCAAAUACAACUUUUGUAUUUGCUGGCCUCCAUGUGUUUACCGAUGCCAAUUUAACAACAGUACCAAGUGAAUGCAACGCUACCAAUGGUUGGCUAACUUGCUACGACGGAAGCUGCUACAGGGUAGAGAAAAGGUGCGAUAAACAGGUUGAUUGUAAAGAUGGCGCUGAUGAAAGUGGAUGUAAAAGUACAGACUUGGAAUUGAGGAGAUGGAACCAUCAACAAGAUUUCUAUUACUGGACUUUACCUUACUACGAGAAGUACGAACAUGUAUCAUGGAUGUGGAACACAGACUACACAAAGCCAAGUGGUCAAAGCUUCUCGUUGGCUCCGCCACCAAUGCAGCCAUUUACAUAUGUACUAUCUGCAUUGUCAGUCAGCAGAGACAAGGGACUUGGUGUAACUCAAACACCUAUUAACUUGGUUGAUGUCACACGUGGUAUGUAUAGUAAAUGCGAGUUUCCCAAAACUGCAAGGAUGGGAGAACAAAUUGGUAUUCUAUUAUGGUUGAGUAGUUUUUCAGAUAUUGCUACAGAGGUUUUGGUUACUUUACCUUCUUCUGAAGAUUACAAGUUUGUGUCUGUUGGAAAUGGUCUUCCAAAUAACUAUUCGCCAGAUUUGAUUGAUAAAGAUGUCCAGACGCUUGUAUAUCUCCCACCGGGUGAACGGCGUUUUGUGCAUAUCCCAAUACUUCCACGAAAAAUUGGUGUUACCAGAUUCAGCAUUGACGCACAGGAUUUUGGCAAUGGAGAGGGAUGUUCUGGAGAAAUUAAAAUUUCUAUGGAUGGUGUUACAAACACAUGGCAUACUCCAUACUUUGUGGAUCUUGUUAAAUUUAGUGAGAUUAUUAUCCCAGAUUUAUGGAUACCAGUACCGGAGAGGUUUGUUUUGCCCGAGCAAAGGCAUCAUUUGUAUGUGCCUGGGUCGGUAUCCACAAAGGUUUCCGUUGUGGGUGAUGUUGUUGGGCCUGCAUUUUAUGGAAACAACCUUGAAGCAACCAAUCUACUAGACAUUCCCAGUGGAACACUAGAGUCACACUUCUUCGAAUUUUCACAGAAUCUCUGGUAUAUGAAAUAUUUGAAAUCUACAGAUCAAUUGACCAGGGAAAUACAAACAAAAGCUCUAAAUACUAUGAAUUCAGUCAUACCGAGAAUCCUGUUUCACAAGAAUAAGGAAGGUGGUUUCCAGCAAGUCGUGACCCACCCGUCAAGUUUGUGGGUUACCGCAUAUCUACUUAACCAAAUGAAACAGGCCAGGGACACAGAAUGGGAGCAUCAAUUCUAUAUCGCACCAGAGUUCAUGAACGAAAUGGCACUGUGGAUCGUCUCGAGACAGAAUAAAAGUGUGGGAAGCUUCAUGGAGCUAGCACCCGCAUACAUGAGGACAAUGGUACCCAAGCUUCAGACUCUAAAUGGGAAGGAAGACUACUGGAAUAUCACGCUUACCGCCCAUGUUGUGAUUGCUUUAUCGGGAAAUCUGGGUCUAACUGGAGAAGCAUCUAGCGCAGCUGAAAAGGCCAAGAAUAAAGGGGCAGAUUUUUUAGCGAUGACACUUGAUAUUCUAGAUGAACCAUUUGACCUGGCUAUCGUCACUUAUGCUUUGCAUGCAGCUGAACACAGAAUGAAGGGAGAAUUCUUCGCAAAAUUAAAAAAAGCUCAUCGAAAUGAUUUAAAGGACCAAUGGCCAUAUUGGUCACCAAAAGAUAUUGACUCCAUACAUGUAGAGACGAUAGAUGUCACUCCAUUCAUGUAUCCAAACGAACCAUCUGAAAUUGGUGGAGAAGCAGUUAUGGCUACAUCAUAUGCUUUGAUGUGCUACGUGCUGCAGAACUAUUUGGACGAUGCCUCAAAAAUCAUGUACUGGUUACAAAGCAGGAGACGAGGAAAAGGCGUAUGGACGGGAACAAUGGAUACGACAAUUGCAAUAGAGGCUCUUUCUAUGUAUGGGCUGAGAAAUCCAAACCGUGACUUGUACUACAUGGAGCUGACAAUAGAGGCGACAUCAACUCCUGAAUGGAGAAGGGUCAUCACACUGAACAAAGACAAUUUCAAUGUAGAGCAAGAAGUUGAGGUCCCCAAAUCAUGGGGAAGUGUCAGAGUGACUGCAAGAGGAAAUGGCUUAGCACUCUUACAGGUAACAACGAAAGCAAACGUUGAAUUCAUGGACCAGCUUCGGGCCCCUGGUAAACCCCCUACCGGUAUAAAGAGACACUUCGACCUGGUGAUGAAUCUAGGCUGGGGAGGUGCAAACCAUAGCAUCAUGUACAUAGAGCCGUGUGCUAGAUGGAGACGGACUGACUUGGGCCCCUAUAGUAUGACAGCGUUCUUCAGGAUAGAGAUACCCACUGGCUACGUCAUAAUAAAGAGCGAACUGAGGGCUCAAAUGAGGGAAUACAAAGAGAUUAUACGUAACAGAGUUUUUGGAAAUUACCUCAAUAUCUACGUAGAAAAGAUUGGAACUGACUGGUUAUGUACCAAGAUUCGUGCUGAUCGUUGGUACCCUGUUGCAAAUGCAAGUAUACAACAUUCUGCAAUGGUGGCAGAGUAUUACCAGCCAGAUAUACAAAAUCGCACCCUAUAUACGACCUACAAUUUGUUUACCCAACAUAUAUGUAUGGUUUGUGGCUCUUUCCAAUGUCCCUACUGUCCGUUCUACAACUCGGCUGAUACCAUUACGUCACAGUUCACAACGCUAAUAUACUCACUUGGACUGCUUUCAUGUUUUUACCGUUUAUCAAGUAGUUAUAUGUAUAAUGGCUGAAAUGAUUUGAUUUUAUCACAAAGAUUUUUUCAAGGACAUGUAAACGAACAAUGUUGUUUCAAAGAUGUCGUGAGUGCAUAGAGUUCAGGUUUUCGUUCACCUGUUU